AUGUCCGAGAUCACUCACCCCACUAUCAAGGAUGGCUGGUUCUCCGAGCAGUCGGAUAUGUGGCCCGGCCAGGCCAUGAACCUCAAGGUCAACCAGAUCCUGCACCACGAGAAGUCCAAGUACCAGGAUGUCCUUGUCUUCGAGAGCACCGACUACGGCACCGUCCUCGUUCUGGACAAUGUCAUCCAGUGCACCGAGCGGGAUGAGUUCUCGUACCAGGAGAUGAUCACUCACCUGGCCAUGAACUCCCACCCCAACCCCAAGAAGGUUCUGGUCAUCGGUGGUGGAGAUGGUGGUGUCCUCCGUGAGGUUGUCAAGCACGAGUCCGUCGAGGAGGCCAUCCUGUGCGACAUUGAUGAGGCUGUCAUCCGUGUCUCCAAGAAGUACCUCCCCGGCAUGAGCAUUGGCUUCCAGCACCCCAACGUCAAGGUCCACGUCGGCGACGGCUUCCAGUUCCUCAAGGAGCGCCGGAACGAAUUCGACGUCAUCAUCACCGACAGCUCUGACCCCGAGGGCCCCGCCGAGAGCCUCUUCCAGAAGCCCUACUUUGAGCUCCUGCGCGAUGCUCUCCGUGACGGAGGUGUCAUCACCACACAAGGUUCCGAGAACCAAUGGCUGCAUCUGUCUCUCAUCACCGACCUCAAGAAGGCCUGCAAGGAGGUCUUCCCCGUCGCUGAAUACGCCUACACCACAAUCCCCACCUACCCCUCCGGUCAGAUCGGCUUCAUGGUCUGCUGCAAGGACCCCAACCGCAACGUCCGCGAGCCCGUCCGCACCUGGUCCCGCGAGGAGGAGGAGCGUCUCUGCCGCUACUACAACCAGGACAUUCACCGGGCCAGCUUCGUUCUGCCCAACUUUGCCCGCAAGGCUCUGGAUGCGUGA